CAACAUUAACAUCAAGAGCAGGUGAGCAGGUCUCAGCGCUCCCCCACGCAGUCACAGCCUCUGUCCCAGCUGCCUGCCUCUCAACACAAUGGUCCGGUAUCGGGCGAGAAGCCAGAGCGAACACCCACAAGAGAAACAUGAGCGGGAGCAUGAACAUGACGACCAGGACCCGGAUCAGGAGCUGACGCCUGACAACGAGGCCUUUGGAAGGACACACAGAGGCCGCUGUUACCGCAGACGCAGGCGUUGCUCCCGGAAGAGGCUCUACCGGAUCCACAGGCGCCGGCGCAGGCGGAUCUGCCGAAGGCGCAGGAGACGUGUUUGCCGGCACCGGAGGCGCCACCGUAGAGUUUGCAGACAAUCCGGGAGGAGGAGAAGAUGCAGGAGGCACCAAUGAACCUUCCGCUACCCUGGCUAGAAGUCACGGCCAAAUCACUGUCCCAAGAACUGGAAGCGAGGCUCUAAGAACCUGCCCACACCUGAUGCUGCCGCCCUCAGGAGCCCAGAGACCUGUGUGAGAUGAGAAAAGUCACCUGCCAAAUAAAGCUGCCCAAAUACA